AUGGGAGACACGGGCGCAGUAACGGGCCAGAAUAACCCGGUUAAUGGCACUGACACUGGCACUGGCAAGAAACAGAUCCUCCUCAAUGCAUUUGACAUGUCGACCGUGGGACACUUGUCUCCUGGACAAUGGAAGAACCCCAAGGACAAAUCAGCCACGAAGCGCAGUCUGGACUACUGGGUCGAGCUAGCUAAGCUCCUGGAGCGUGGCGGAAUCAACGCCUUGUUCCUGGCGGAUACCACCGGUGGCUAUGAUACGUACGAGGGCAAAGUGGACGAGUGUAUUCGGCGAGCGGCGCAGUGGCCGGUGACGGACCCAACCAUUCCGAUCUCUGCGAUGGCUGCUGUGACCAAGAAUCUGGCGUUCGGGAUCACAGCCUCAACCUCCUUCGAGCCUCCGUUCCUGUUGGCAAAGCGCUUUUCGACCCUCGACCACUUGACCAAUGGCCGGUUGGGCUGGAAUAUUGUCACUUCCUAUAAGAAGGCGGCUUUCAAGGCUAUUGGGCUGGAUAGUCCGAUUGAGCAUGAUGAACGGUACCGCCAGGCGGAUGAGUACCUCAAGGUGGUUUACAAGCUCUGGGAAGGUUCUUGGGCGUCUGAUGCGCUCUCUCCCAACCCCGAGACAGACUCGUACAUAGACCCAGACAAGGUCCGACAGAUCAACCACAAAGGGAAGUACUUCUCUCUCAACACGCGGCACAUAGUCGACCCAUCGCCUCAGCGAACGCCGUUCCUCUUCCAAGCUGGAACUUCUUCGGCCGGGUCAGCGUUUGCUUCGACCCACGCAGAAGCCGUUUUUGUUUCCUCGCACUCGCCUGAGGUGCUGCGGCCCAAGAUCGCAAACAUCCGCAAGCAAGCCGCCGAGCUGGGCCGCGACCCGCAGUCAAUCAAGUUCUUUGGCACGUUCACGCCCAUCAUCGGCGAGAGUGACGAGGCCGCCUGGGCCAAGUACGAGGAGCUGAAGCAGUACGCGUCAGUGAUUGGCGGCCUGGUCCUGUUCAGUGGCUGGACGGGCAUCGAUAUCUCCAAGAUCCCGCUGGAUCAGGACCUGACAGCUGCGGAUUCUCUGGAGGCCGGUAAAGUGACCAGUCUUCUUGAUUCUCUCCUCCAGACUAGCAAGGACAUCCCCCGCUGGACGCCGCGCGUGGUCGCCGAGAAGGCGGCCAUUGGUGGCUUGGGCCCCGUGGCAAUUGGUAGUCCUGCGACUGUCGCAGAUGAGCUGGAGCGCUGGAUUCGAGAAGCUGACCUUGACGGGUUCAAUAUCGGCUAUGUUACCACGCCCGGUUCCUUCAAGGACCUGGUUGACUUGCUUAUCCCGGAGCUUAGAAGACGGGGUGUGUACCCAGAUCUUUCAGAGGAACCCCUUACGGCUCGUGAGAAGAUCUAUGGAAAGGGUCAGAAAGAGCUCCGGGCUGAUCACCCUGGGAGUCGGUUCAAGUACGACGUGUACCAGGAGGAAGAGCCCUACAUUGGGGCCGAGACGAGUUGA